CCCGAGCGUGGUGAAGAGGCUUUUCUUUGUUGGUCAUCGGUCGUCUCGGUCUCGAAAGUGGCUUGAAGAAUAAAAGCACACACGAUAUACAACUACACUGCAAUAUAAAAUAAAACCGCGAUGCGUUUCCCGCUGUGCUGAUUUGAUGAGGUUUAUUAUUUUUGCCUUCGCGACGAGUGCCCGUUGUAAUGUGCGCAGGGUUCGUUGUAAUGGUACAACGUUCGGUAUCAAGAGCUAGCAGUUGGAUGAUCCCACUGUCACCGGAAGCGUUCCGAUUUAGUGCGCCGUGUGAGAAUACGCGAAUGAUGUGAGGUGUACCCGUGGUGUGGUGUCUUGCAGAACGUAUUUAUAGCCCAAAUUGCCUCCGUUCCCAUUGGCAACAUGUGUGCUUAGCAUGAGGGUUCCUGAGCUGAGGCUGAGCUGGGUGUGAAGAAAGCAAUUGAGAUUUGUGUCCUCUUAGAUACUAGAUAUUAGAAGCUCAUCAAGAAACAUAUCCACUAGAGCGGUAGCAAGUGAUCUUAUUCUCGACCGCAAAAAGCGCCUAAAAUGUCCGACGAAUCGUAUGAAAUGAGCACGCCGGAGGAUGCCGUUGGAGCCUCCUCCACCGGUGUGGGUAGUCGCCGGAUCGGUGCAGUGAAGCUGGAACCCUUGCAUAUUCCAGCGGUUCCUGCCGUGGAACAAGAGAUUGCCGCACCAUCACUGAUUGCGGCACGGCUCUUCAAACCGGUCACCGUUAGCUUCAAGAACCUGUCGUACUCGGUACGCAAUGGAAUAUUUCGCAAAGGUCGGGACAUACUGAAAGAUAUCAGCGGAGAGUUCCGGGCCGGGGAGCUAACCGCCAUCAUGGGACCGUCCGGUGCGGGCAAAAGCACUCUGCUGGAUAUUUUGGCGGGCUUUACUGAGGGUGGUUUCACCGGUGAAAUUCUUGUCAACAAGCAGGUUCGAGAUUUGAAACGGUUUCGACGGCUAUCCGCCUACAUCAUGCAGGACCACGAUCUGCAGCCACAUUUGACCGUACUGGAGGCGAUGCAUUUUUCCGCCAAUCUCAAAAUCGGAGCCGAACUCAGCCCAGCUAGUAAGAAAAUUCGCAUGAACGAAAUUCUCCGUGCCAUCGGACUGUACGACGCGAAGAAAACGCGCACGGGAAAGUUAUCCGGAGGUCAGAAAAAGCGUCUAGCGAUUGCGCUGGAAAUUGUGAACAAUCCGCCGGUAAUGUUUUUCGACGAACCGACGAGCGGUUUGGACAGCUCCACCUCGACACAGUGUGUGGCACUGUUGAAGCAGCUGGCCCGCGAAGGUCGCACGAUCAUCUGCACGAUACAUCAACCGUCCGCGCUGCUGUUCAACAUGUUCGACCAUCUGUACGCGGUCGCAGAAGGUGAAUGCAUCUACACCGGCGGCACUGGUAACAUUGUGUCGUUCCUGAAAGAGCUCGACAUCGUCUGCCCGGAACAUUACAAUCCCUCCGAUUACUUGUUGGAGAUCGCAACGCACGACUAUGGUCGACUGAACGAUAAUCUAGUCGAAAAAAUGAUGAACGGUCAGAGCAACUUCUACCGCAACCCGGAACCAUUUUCACCAUCGUUCGAGAGCAAACUGUUGCCGAUCAAGGAAUCGUCACCGGACGGACCGAUGGUGCUGCUAGAGAUGCCACUGUUUCCCGAGCACGAUAGCAUUCAGCGGCCGGUAUCGCCCGUGCUAGCCAAACCAAAGAAGCUCGCCAAAAAGCUAUCAUUCAACCCGGAACGUUGGUGCGGGCGGGACGAGAUAUACACGACUAGCUUUUGUAGACAAUUUUCGCUACUGCUGCUCCGUACCUUUCUCAUACUGAGCCGGGACCGUUCGCUCAUGACGAUGCGAUUCGCUAUCCACUGUCUCAUUGCGCCACUGAUCGGUAUGCUGUACUUUGGCAUUGGCAAUCAGGCUGCCCAGAUCUUCAACAACUACAACUACGUGUUCUUCUCGAUCAUGUUUCUGAUGUUUACUGCGUUCAGCUCGAUGACUAUGGCCUUUCCGCUCGAGUUGCCGAUCAUCACACGGGAGCAUUUCAACCGCUGGUACUCGUUGCGGGCGUACUACAUCGCCAUGACGGUGGCUGACAUUCCAAUACAGCUGCUCUGUACCGUCACGUACAUACUCAUCACGUACUACAUGACUGGUCAACCACCGGAAGCCUUCCGGGUGGGGCUGUUUACGUUGAUCUGUCUCAUGGUGGCUUGGGUAGCGCAAGGACUCGGUCUGCUGGUCGCAUCACUAUUCGACGUGAAGAACGGUGCAAUAUUUGGACCCUUCUUCAUCUGUCCGUUCCUGAUAUUCUCCGGGUUCUUCAUUCACCUUACGGAUGCACACCCGGUAAUGCACUGGCUGUUUCACAUCUCGUUCCUUAAGUACGCCCUGCAGGGUGCAGCCAUGGCCAUCUUCGGUUACGACCGACAACGCAUGGACUGUGACGAGACGUACUGUCACUUCGUGUUGCCAAAGAAGUUCCUGAAGGAGGUCGACAUGCUUGACGCGGACUUUGUCGAGGCUGUGAUAGCGCUUAGUGUGAUAUUUUUCGUCUUUAGGGUAGCGGCCUUCUACGUGAUGCAGUACCGGAUGAAGAAUAGUGUCGACGCAGUGGCACUCAAUGUUGAGGAUGCCAUAUUGGGGCAGAAGUUAACGUUGACCUUCCGGCAUAUCUGCUAUCGACGGAAGGAUCAGAAUGGUGGACGACCGAAGGAUAUCAUUAAGAAUGUUUCGGGAAAGUUUCAACCUGGUCGGUUGGUGGCAAUACUGGGCCCAUCCGGUGCAGGGAAGUCUUCGCUGUUAGGCAUCCUGUCCGGAUUGAGGCAAACAGGAUUUAUUGGCACGAUUGAAGUGAAUGGAUACAUGCUGGAUAGGAGAAAGUAUCGCCAACAAUGCGUUUACAUCCAGCAGGACUUCAACCUGAUCGAUCACUUGACGGUGCUGGAAACGAUGAACUAUGCGGCGGAACUGAAGCAGCCCAAUAAAUCCGAAAUGGUGCGUAAGAAGAAGGUGAACGAUAUCUUGCACAUCUUGGGUCUCGAUAGUGGUAAGCGCACGCUGGUGAAGAAACUAUCCGGCGGUGAGAAGAAACGACUGUCGAUCGGGAUCGAGUUGGUGAGCAAUCCACCAAUAAUUCUGCUAGAUGAACCAACGAGCGGACUGGACAGUGUUUCCGCUAUGGAGCUUAUGAGCUACGUCAAAACAGUCGCCAGCGAGGGCCGUACCGUGGCCUGUGUCAUCCACCAACCUUCGUCCAGCUUGUUCCAGCUGUUCGACGACCUGUACCUCCUGUCCGGCGGGACGUGCAUCUACAAUGGUCCCCUGGACGGAAUGGUCGGAUCGUUUGCGGAAACCGGCUUCCAUUGUCCCAAGUUCUACAACCGAGCCGACUUUGCGUUAGAGGUAGCGUCAAAGCCACUGCGGGAACUGGAACAGCUGGUGCAGCGUUACAGCAGAUUCGCAACCGAGUCGAAGCAAUCGCGACAGGAAAACAGUAUCAAGGACGACGGUCUCAUCGAGUCAACGCUGGAUGAAGAUAUCGUGCAAGAGCGCACCAAAACCGCAUCGCACGGGCGUUAUCACAUUUCGCAAUGGAAGCAGUUUUAUGUGCUGUUGCGAAGGUCGUUGCGUGUGACGUCGAGAGAUUUUUUUUUUGCUCAACUUCGUGUUAUUGCCCACAUAUUGGUAGGCGUCCUGCUGGGGGCGGUGUUCUAUAAUUCCGGUCAAGAUGGUGCCCUGGUCAUGGUGAAUGGUGCCUGUUUGUUCUUCUUUCAGCUAUUCAUAUUCUUCGGCAACUCAAUGCCAUGCGUUAUAACUUUUCCUCUCGAAACCAAAGUGUUCAUACGGGAGCGGCUCAACAAUUGGUAUUCACUCGAGGCGUACUAUUUGUCAAAAAUUGUCGCUGAUCUACCGCUGCAGAUCAUAUGCCCAUCGCUGUUCCUCAUGAUCGCUUACUACCUCACCGGACAACCCUUGGAAUGGGAACGGUUCGGUAAGCUUUGCUUGAUACUGCUGCUUCUUGGCAUAUUCGCCCAAACGGUGGGCCUUCUGUCCGGAGCCGCAUUUGACAUACAAAUGGCUACCUUCUUUGUGCCGUGCUUCAGUAUUCCAUCGUUGCUAUUUUCUGGCUUUUUCGUAAAAUCGUACGAAAUGAACGAAUAUCUCAGCUAUAUCGCGUACACGUCGUUCUUCCGCUACAGCCUGCAAGGAUCGCUGCAGGCAAUUUACGGCGGCAAUAGGACGGCGUUUCCCUGCUCGAAGGACAUCUGUUACUACAACAAGCCGAGCAAAUUUCUCAAGUUCAUGGACACCCGGCAGGAUGGGUUCUGGGAGAAUGUGUACAUACUGUUGGGAUUCAUUGCAGUGUUUCAAAUAAUUCUGUACAUUGUUUUGCGCUUACGUUUGAAAAUAUAUAAAUAA